UAAUUAUUCGACUUGUCUUUUUCCUGGAUCGUUUUGUAGCAAUUGUUUUGUAAAGCAACUGCUUUCUUUUCUCUUUCUUUCUGAACUGCAUCACCUAAAAUAUCAGAUUAUCUUUCUUCUUCAAGUUUUCAUCUCAAGUAUCGGAUUGCUUUAAUUUUAGCUCCUGGUGCAUUCAGAGAAACAGAUAUGGACUCCACUUCUUUUGUUGCUGCUGUUGAUACUGAUAUCCCCCCUCUUCAAGAAAAGUACGAUGUGUUUCUUAGUUUCAGAGGUGAAGACACACGCAAGACUUUUACCAGCCAUCUUCACGCGGCUUUACUUCGGAAGAACAUUGACACCUACAUAGAUCGCAGGCUCGAGAGAGGAGAUGAAAUUGCUCCUGCCCUUCUAAAAGCAAUCGAGAGAUCGAAAAUUGCACUAGUCAUUUUCUCAGAAGACUAUGCUUCUUCCACAUGGUGUUUGAAAGAACUUGUGCAUAUACUUGGAUGCAAGAAAAGCCAUGGACAGAUUGUUAUACCCAUUUUUUAUCGCAUAGAUCCAUCACAUGUACGAAAACAGCAGGGAACUUGUGCACUUGAAGAUCGUCCACUUAAGCGCAGUAGGGAUGAGGUGGCCAACUGGAGGGCUGCUUUGGAGGAAGCAGCCAAUAUGUCUGGGUUUCCUUAUUCCAGCAGAACAGGGAGGACAGAGGCCGAUUUUGUUGAGGAAGUUGUCCAAGAUGUUUUGACCAAAUUGAAUCGGGAAUCGUCAAGUGAUUUGAGGGGCCUGUUUGGAAUUCAAAGGAAAAUUGAGAAAAUUGAGUCGUUAUUAUGCUUGGAUACACCAGGUGUUUGCUGUGUAGGUAUUUGGGGCAUGGGUGGUAUUGGCAAGACCACCCUCGCUGAUGCUGUAUUUCACAGGCACUCCUCUAAAUUUGAAGUUUGUUGUUUUCUUGCAAAUGUCAGGGAGAAAUCAGAAAAAACGGAUGGACUAAAUGAGUUGCGAAAUACACUUGUUCGUGAAUUAUUGAAGGAUAAAGAUGUAAAUAUCAACACUCCGUCUAUUCCACCUCAUAUUCAAGAUAGGCUCAGGCGUACAAAGGCGUUCAUUGUUCUUGAUGACGUGAAUGCUCGAGAACACCUAGAAGUUCUUGUUGGUGAUGAUGAUCGGUUUUGCCAAGGAAGUCGAAUCAUUAUAACUGCUAGAGAUAAAGGCCUACUUGAGCAAAAAGUUGACCAAGAAAAGAUAUACAGUGUUGAGGGAUUAGGUUCUGAUGAAGCUCUUGAGCUCUUUCACUCGCAUGCUUUUGGAAAUAAGUCCCCAACAACAGAUUACACUGAGUUGUCAAGAGAGGUGGUGGAUUAUAUUAAGGGCAUUCCAUUAGCUCUUAAAGUUAUGGGGUCCUCAUUCCGUCGUUGCAAGAGCAAACAAGAGUGGGAAGUUCAAUGGAAAAAAGUGAAACAAUUUCCAAACGAAGAAAUCGAUCAAGUGUUGAGAAUAAGUUACGAUGGAUUAGGAAAAAAUGAGAAGGAGAUAUUUCUUGAUAUAGCAUGUUUUCAUAAAGGCUAUUUGAGGAAAGAUGUAGAAAUAAUUUUAGAUAGUUGUGAUUGCUUUGGGGAAGUGGGAAUCAAUGAUCUUAUUGAUAGGUCUCUCAUAUCAAUUUCACAAGAUAUGAGGUUUAAAAAAUUGGGAGAGGCAUCCUCAGGAGGACAGAUAGUAGAGAUGCAGUCAGUAGAACGGAUAGAGAUGCAUGAUUUGGUGCAGGAAAUGGGUAGGGCAAUUGCUCGAAAACAAGGCAGUAGGUUGUUUAAUGCAGAUGAUGUCUAUAAAGCGUUGACAAAUAACCAGAGAGAUGGACAUGUUCAAGCCAUAUCCUUUGACAUGAAUAAGAUUGAAAAAAUGUAUCAACUCAGAUGGCUACGUGUUAGUUAUUCAUAUCUUUGGAGUGGUUCUCUUCAUCUUCCCAAUUCUCUUAGAUAUCUUUACUGGGAGGGAUAUCCUUUGGAAUCUUUGCCAUCAAAAUUUUCUGCUCAAAAUCUUCUUGUCCUUGAUACGCCGUACAGUGACUUUGGGGUGCAACUGUGGAAUGAAGACCAGAGUCCAGUGAACUUAAAACGUGUCAAUCUUCAGUUCUGCCGAUAUCUAACUGAAGUCCCAAAUCUCUCUCAGUGUCUAAAUAUUGAGCAUAUAGAUCUGGAAGGCUGUGAAAGUUUGGUUGAAAUUCCUUCGUAUUUUCAACAUCUUGGCAAGCUUACUUAUCUUAACCUUUCGAGGUGCUACAAGAUCAAAAAUCUUCCCGAGAUGCCAUGCAAUCUUGAAUUCUUAGAUUUGUCUUGGACAAGAAUUGAGGAAUUGCCUUCAUCAGUUUGGUCUCACGAAAAAAUAUCUCACUUAGAUAUUAGAAAUUGUGGACACCUUAAGAGUCUUCCAAGCAACAGUUGUAAGCUGAAACUCUCGAAUUCUUUUAGUCUAAAGGGCUGCAAAUCUCUUUGCGAGAUGUGGGAGCUUCCCAGGAAUACAACAGUGCUAGAGCUGAGUGGUACAACAAUAAAAGAAUUGAGGAAUACAUCAAUAGAAUCUGUUGUUGGUCUCACUGCAAUUAAACUGAUCAAUUGCAAAAGCCUUGUGAGUCUUCCAACGAACAUUUGGAAGUUGAAAUCUCUGGAGAGCCUUGAUCUCAGUGGUUGCUCUAAAUUUCAACACUUCCCAGAAAUCUCGGAGGCUAUGAAACAUCUGGAGUUUCUAAAUUUAUCAGGUACAAUGGUGAAAGAGGUACCCCCAUCAAUUGGAAAUCUAGUUGCGCUUCAAAAAUUAGAUCUCAGUGGUUGCUCUAAAUUUCAACACUUCCCAGAAAUCUCGGAGGCUAUGAAACAUCUGGAGUUUCUAAAUUUAUCAGGUACAAUGGUGAAAGAGGUACCCCCAUCAAUUGGAAAUCUAGUUGCGCUUCGAAAAUUAGAUCUCGGUGAUUCCAAGUACCUUGAGGUUGUCCAAGAUUACCUCUUUCGUUUAACCUCAUUACAAGAGUUAGAUCUGAGUAGCACCAAAAUUAAGAGCUUACCCGCAAGCAUCAAACAAGCUGCUCAUCUGUCUAGCCUGUUCCUCAACGAUUGCAAGAGCCUUGAAUCUUUACCAGAGCUCCCCCCAUUGCUGCAAUGUCUUCAAGCACAUGGUUGCACGUCACUGACGACAGUGUCAAGUUCAAGCACUGCAAUCAUACAAGGUUGGGAAGAAUAUAUAUUUUAUCGAGGGCUUUAUGAGAAACAUGUAUUUUCUGAUUGCAGAAGAUUGGAUGAGAAUGCACGAAGCAACAUAAUGGGUGAUGCACAGCUCAGAAUUUUGCGGAUGGCAACUGCGUCGUCGAAUUGCUCUUUGUUUUUCACGAGUUUAAUAACUAUGAUCUCCAUAUCCAUGCUACAGGGAUUUUUACGCAAGAGAUCUUCCGUUGCCAUUAGAUUUUGUGGGAAUGAAAUUCCAAAAUGGUUCAGCCAUAAAAGUGAGGGAUGUUCAAUAAAGAUUGAGCUUCCUCGUGAUUGGUUUAGCACAGAUUUCUUGGGUUUCGCUCUAUCUUUUGUUGUUGUUGCUGCUACACGUUGCAUGGAGAUUGGAUGCAAGUACAACUUCAAAACUAGUAAUGGUGAAAGCCAUGAAGUCAGCCAUUAUUUGUAUAAUCUGUUCCCCACUGAUAGUACCCUUCCAAUUGUGGAAGAUUCAAAUGGGGUGUUUGUGUGGUGGUAUAAUAAUGUCUUUGAAGAAGUUGUAAAGGGAGCUGAAAGCCCCACUGCGUUUUACAAACUUGUUACUGAGGUCAAUGUUGACUUCACCGUAAUGGAUUUUUUUGACCCCAAACUCAAUCCGGUGGAAAAGUGUGGGAUAUGUCUGUUGUAUGGCAAAGAUGCUGAGAUGAUAAAGCAGAGGGCUUUGUAGAUCAAGCCGAUAUCCCUAAAUUCAUAAUUUCAUUUUAUUUGAGCUGUUUGCAAGAUUUGUGGCUGAGGAUGUUUUUGAGUUUGUUAGGCUGAGGAGGGAUGUCUUUCUUGUUUUAACCCAUCUCCAUCGCCAAGCUUUUUGGCUGAGGAUGCUUUUAAAUGCAACUGCUGUGCUUCCACUAGAUAUUAUGAGACUCUGGGCAUAAAUGAGUAGAUAUUUUUGGAAACUCAGAUCUAUAAUAAGGUUAAAUACAGCGGCCUCUUGGUCAACAUCGCUUUGGAGUUUGGGGGCCUUUUUCUUCUAAGAGCAAUGGCCUCCCAGUUAGUGCAAAAACAAAGUCAAUGAAAGAUUGGCUUAUCAUGGAA